CUGGUGUGCAGGUCCCCAGCGUGUGCCCAGCCUGUCAUUCCUGCCAGGAGCCUGGAGCCUCCAUCUGCCAGUCCUGGCUGGGCACUGCUGGUCCCCAUGCCCAGCAGCCCGGUGUCCCCAGAGGUCCCAGACACAAUCUGCAAUGGAGAUGUUCCCCCAACAGCAGCCAGGAGAUCCCUCCAUCCUUGCCAGAGUCCCUCCUGGCUGUGCCUUGGGUAACCACUGCACCACCACUGCCUGGCCAGAGGCAGAGGGGUGACCAGGGCCCCCAGGCUUGCCCAGAGAUGGGGGCAUGGCCACCCAGCCCUAUGCUGCCACAGCCAGCUGCAGCCCUGUGGCCUUAGUCAGAGCCCCCCUGUGUCUCUGUGAUGCUGCUCAGUUCUGUCUGUGCUGUGGAACCAGGGGAAAUAAAGAGCAUUGCCUGGAUGUACCACUCUGUCCUUCCUCUGCCAUCAGGGCUGGAUUGUGCUUUUCCCAGCAGCAAUGUCCCCUCAACCCUCCUCUCCCCACAGAGCCUUCCCAGGGCCAUGGCAGAGCUGGGCCAGCCCUGGGCUCCAGUGCCACCCUGACUGGCAGCGAGGGGCAGUGCCAGGAGCUUGUUUACCCAGCAUUGCUGGUGGAGCAGGGGAAGCUGCAGGGCCGGCAUGGCCAAGGACUUCAGCCCCAACCCUGUCAAUGAGUGACAGCCAGAGCUGCCAGGGCCUCACUGGGUUAAUGAUUGUGGGGGCAGCUGGCCAAGAGCCCCUGGGCACGGGGCAAGUGCGGACACCAGGGACACCAGCCCAGCACACCGGCUGCACCCCCGGGCAGAAGGGUCCCCAGGCCCUGCGGAGGCAGGACACGUCCCCUGCUGUGCCACCUCCCGGGCAUCCAGCUCCAUCAGCCUGUGACGCAGUGCAGGUGGCUCAGUGAUGCUCCAGCAGUGGCACAGGUGUCCCCAGGCUGUCCCUGAGUGCCCUGCAAUACCCAAGGGAUCUUUCCUUUCAUUUGCACCUGGCUUAUCAUGGUAAUGAGUUCUGGCAGUGCUUCAUCCUGGGGAAAUGGGGAUGUGGCAACUGAGCACCCCUUUGUGCCCACUCCCACAGGCACAGGGCUGGAGGAGCCUUUGGCCACUGUCUGUCCCCUGUGGACAUGAGCUUGCUGUGUGUCCUGUGGGUGGAUGGAAACUUGGCUGGAGGUGUGUAAGCAGCAGGUAAUGAUAAACAGGGCUGAGGAGGUGGUGACGGCAGCACUGGCCUCGCUCCUCUCCUGCUCACCCACUGCACACUCUGGGAGAUGUGGUGCCAGGGAAGAUGUGGUGCCAGGGGGAUGAAGGCUCUGCCCCACACAGCCCUCAGCACUGCUGGCUGCCCCACACUGAGCCCAGCUGUGUGCCACCAUCACCACCAGUGGCAGAACACGGAGAUCAAUCACAGUGGUGCUGGCAUCAGCCAUCUCCAACGCCCUGGGAGUGAGGCCAUUGUGCCCUGGGCAGAGCUGAUCCCUCAUGGCUGAUGCUGUGGUGGCACUGAGGUGAACAUGGCCUCACCUCUGGUUUGUGACACCCCAGCAGCACCAGCACCAAGCUCUUCUCCUCCUCCUCCUCUCGUGCAGUGGAUGAACCACCUGGCACCAAAUGAUGAAAAUCUGAGGCUCCUCCAGCAUCACCUCCCAGGCUCUGGGCCCCAGCAGUGCCCGGCUCUGCUCAUCCCCACAGCAGCUGAGCUCACCCCGACCCCAAGAGUGCCCGGUACCCCGGGGGCACGUGCCCCAUCCUGCCCUGGCUGACCAGGAUGUGGUGGGGGUUACCCAUUAACUGCAGGAAUUUCUGGGGAGGAGGCCACUUCGCUGGAGGGACGUGUGGAUGUGGCAUGUGGAAGUGGCACUGCCCUGAGUGCCCGGCCAGCCCCAGCGGUGCCAGCGCUGCAGGGAUCUGGGGGGACGUGGCAGCUGGUGCAGCACAGCUGUGGUGACACGCAGCCACCUCUGCUCGGCCUCAGCAGGAGCCAUGCUGCCCUACCGGACCGAGAGCCCCGUCCUGCCCGGGCGCUGCCCGGUGCGGGGAGGAAGGGUUGUGCACGGGCCACAGUUUGCCUACUGCCCCAGCCCCCAAGCCCUGCACCGGCUGCCGGGUGCCCACGGCUGCCCCUUCACGGUCAGCGCCGUGCCCUGCCCUGAGCACGGCUUCCCCUGCCCUGGCUCCCCCGGGCGCCUGCGCGAGGGCCGCGAGCGCUUCGAGCUGGACGCGCUCCCCUGGCAGGGGCACUGCCUGGGCUUGGACGAGCUGCAGAGGCCAGAGCUCGGGUGCUGGGCCAGGGUCCAGUCCUUCUGUGUCUCCCUUCUAAAGGUGCCCCUGAUGUUUGGGUUCCUGUACCUCUUCGUGUGCUCUCUGGACGUGCUCAGCUCUGCCUUCCAGCUGGCUGGAGGUAAGGUGGCGGGGGACAUCUUCAAGGACAACGCCAUCCUCUCCAAUCCAGUGGCUGGGCUGGUGGUGGGCAUCUUGGUGACCGUGCUGGUGCAGAGCUCCUCCACCUCCACCUCCAUCAUCGUCAGCAUGGUCUCCUCAGGGUUGCUGGAGGUGCGCUCUGCCAUCCCCAUCAUCAUGGGCUCCAACAUCGGCACCUCAGUCACCAACACCAUCGUGGCCCUCAUGCAGGCUGGCGACCGCAGCGAGUUCGAACGGGCCUUCGCUGGUGCCACAGUGCAUGACUGUUUCAACUGGCUGUCAGUGCUGGUGCUGCUGCCACUGGAGGUGGUCAGUGGGUACCUGCACCACGUCACCCGCCUGGUUGUGGCCACCUUCAACAUCCGCAGCGGGAAAGAUGCCCCCGACCUGCUGAAGAUCAUCACAGAGCCCUUCACCAAGCUCAUCAUCCAGCUGGACAAGUCUGUGAUCACGGGCAUCGCGACAGGGGACGAGAGCCUGCGCAACCGGAGCCUCAUCCGCGUCUGGUGUGGCCCUGCAACCCCACAGAUGGCCUCUGUGGGGCUUGGCCCCCCCCCAAACUGCUCAUCCCCUGGGCACUGAGCACUAAGGGCAUGGAGGUCCUUCACAACGUCACCAGGAAAAAGUGGGCAGGUGGCCAAAGCCAUCCAGAAGGUCAUCAACACUGACCUGCCACACCCGCUCAGCUGGCUCACCGGGUACUUCGCCAUGGUGGUGGGCGCUGGGAUGACCUUCGUGGUGCAGAGCAGCUCUGUCUUCACCUCGGCCAUCACACCCCUGAUCGGCCUGGGGGUGAUCAGCAUUGAGCGUGCCUACCCACUGACCCUGGGCUCAAACAUUGGCACCACCACCACUGCCAUCCUGGCUGCCCUGGCCAGCCCUGGGGACAAGCUGGCCAGCUCCUUCCAGAUUGCUCUGUGCCAUUUCUUCUUCAACAUCUCGGGCAUCCUGCUGUGGUACCCGCUGCCCUUCACCCGCCUGCCCAUCCGCAUGGCCAAGGCACUGGGCGAGCGCACGGCCAAGUACCGCUGGUUUGCCGUGCUCUACCUCAUCAUCUGCUUCCUCCUGCUGCCCUCCCUCAUCUUCGGCAUCUCCAUGGCGGGCUGGCGGGCGCUGGUGGGGGUG